AUGGCGUACUCGCUUAAUGGCGAUGCCCUCAUCGGCGAAAAGUGCCUAUUCGUUGAGAGCAGGGCACAGUCGGACGGCUAUAUCAUGAUCCUCGCGGAGUCAUUCCGCGGCAGCUACGAGACAAUCCGCCCUCUCUUGACGACGCUAGCGGAGGCCGUCUCGCGCCCUUCACUGAUUCACGAGUACCGGCUGACACCGUUUUCCCUCGGCGCCGCCGUGUCAAACGGAAUCGACGCUACGGAGGCGACCACCUUCUUGGAGACGUAUGCGUAUGGGCUUGCAACCUGCAGUGAAAGACGUCAGCGUGUGCGGCAGUUCAUCGAAUCCUGCAUGAGGCGCUACAACCUUGUCCGCGUUAUUAUCGACUCCGAGAGAACCCUUGUGCAGUGCAAGAAUGAGGAGACGGCUCAGAUGCUGCUAUGCGAUGCCGUGAUCACCUCGGUGGCGGCAACGCCGCCUCAGAUUUUUUACGAGACGAGCUCCUGGGCGGAGAACCCAGCACCUUACCCCUCGUUCCUGCUGCAGAGUAGGGCUAUGUCAAAGGUGGUGGCCGCCCGGUGCAUGGUGCUGGGCUUCCCUAUUCAGCAGCAGUACGACUUUGAGAAUGACACGUCGGUUCGUAAGGCGCAUAUCUCACUGCGUACACAGACAAAGCCACGCCGCUAUCAGAUCGAGGCGGUAGACGCCGCUAUCCACGACGGCACCCUCAACAGCGGAUGCAUACUCCUCCCCUGCGGCGCCGGAAAGACGCUGCUAGGCAUCAUGCUCAUGUGCAAGGUGAAGAAACCGACGCUGGUCGUGUGCGCCGGCAGUGUCAGUGUUGAGCAAUGGAGGAGCCAAAUUCUCGACUAUGCCACAUUGGAGGCACCACCGCCGACAGACAACGAUGAUGCAGCUGACACUCAGGGCGGUUGCUCCCACCAAAUCAAGAGCGGUGCCACCCGCAUUGCGUGCCUGACAGGCAAGCAGAAGGAUCCCAUCACAGAGGAGACGGACGUUGUGCUGACAACCUACAGCAUGCUGGUCACGGCGCACAAGGCUAAGUUGCGCCAGCAUGCGACAACAACAGCCGGCGAGGACGACCUGUUCACGGGACGAGGACUGCGCAAGCGGAAAGAGAACCCGAAGGAGAAGCUCUUCGCCCCCUAUGGGCUGUUAAUUCUGGAUGAGGUGCACGUGAUGCCAGCGGAGAGUUUUCGCGGGAGCCUCGGCUUCAUUGACGCCAAGGGCAUUGUAGGCCUUACCGCCACCUACGUGCGCGAAGAUCACAAGAUUCUUGACCUCUUCCACCUCGUGGGGCCGAAGCUGUACGACAUUUCAAUGGAGGCCCUCGCUUCACAGGGCUACCUUGCCAAUGUACACUGCGUCGAGGUGCGCACUCCAAUGACGAAGGAGUUUGGGCUCGAGUACAUGGACCACCGCCGGAGAGCCGCAGGGACGAGCAAGACCUCGGUGCUGGUGAUGUUGGCUGCUGCAAACCCGAACAAAAUGAUGUGUGUGCGAGAGCUUGUGUGGCAGCACCUCGACGUCGGCGCCAAAAUCCUUGUCUGCUGCGACCACAUUAUGCUACUGAAGGAGUACGGGGAGCUGCUCAACGCACCGGUGAUAUGUGGCAGCACGCAGCACAAGGAGCGACUGAUGAUCUUCUCCGACUUUCAGAGCACGUCGAAGAUUAACGUGAUAUGCGUCUCGCGCGUUGGCGACGUGAGCGUGAACCUGCCCAACGCAAACGUCGUGAUCCAGGUGUCCAGCCACGGCGGCAGUCGCCGUCAGGAAGCCCAGAGGCUAGGGAGAAUCCUGCGGCCAAAGGAGCGCGCCGCGAACGGGAGGGCAGUGGAUGCAUGGUUUUACUCCAUUAUUAGCAUGGACACCAUCGAGAUGAAUUACGCGGCUCACCGCACCGCCUUCCUCGUUGACCAAGGGUACGCCUGCCGCGUCAUGGAGUACAUCCCGUUCGAGUCAUCAGCCAACACCAGUUUAGGACGCAUGAAACAGCUGGCGAAGAAGGAGCGCGUUGGCGACGCGGUGAGCAUCAAGCAGGAGUUCUUAUACGAGACGGUACACCAGUCAAGCGUCUUGUGGUCGCGAGCCGCCGAACGCUCUGGCCACGGCGCCGGGGCUGACGACCGUCGCACCGAGUCGCUGUCGUAUCAGCUUGGACUGCUCUCGAAGGUGGUGUCCAGCUGGGAAAUGGAGUUCCAGCAAGAGUGUCGCAAGCGCCGCCGCACUGCUGCGGAGGACGUCGCCGAAAACGCUACUGAUGACGCGGAUGGCGUGACGGAGGCUCGUUCGAUGCGGACCUACGCCACCAUCAAGAAUGAGUGGAGGGUCAGCGGUGACCACGAGACUCGUGCCACAGCGCUACACAACCUUGUUGGCGUCGACGACGGGUUUGUGUACCACGAGCUCUAG